CUGCCUUUCCUCACCGCCUGAACCUUUUUUACUUGGCCAACGACGUGAUACAGAACUGCAAGAGGAAAAAUGCCAUCGUGUUUCGGGAUACCUUCGCAGAGGUGCUCCCUGAGGCUGCUUCCCUGGUGAAAGAUCCUUCUGUGUCCAAAUCCAUCGAAAGAAUCUUCAAAAUUUGGGAGGACAGAAACGUGUACCCCGAGGAAACCAUUUUGGCCCUGAAAGAAGCUCUGAGUACCACUUUCAAAACUCAGAAGCAGCUGAAAGAGUCUCUGAACAAACCGAAUAAGCCGUGGAAGAAAUCACAAA